AUGGCAUCAUCACCAAAUCCCACUUAUCAGAACUUCAUUGUAGUAGAUUUUCGCUACAAGGGAACGUUUGCACCCAAGCCCUUAGUCUACUUUGAUCCCGACAGAGCAUCAAUGCGAGAUAUUGACUUCAGUGCAUUUGGGUAUGAGCAGUUCAUGGAAUUCCUUCACAAGCUCACCAGAACGACAAGCAAAGACAUCUAUUUCUGCCUUCCACAAGAGUCUUUAGGUCAGGGAAUUCAUACACUGGUAAACGAGGGUGAUUACAAGGAAUUUUUGGAUUUGGCGUAUGCUAAUGACAAGAGAAUGAAUGUAUAUGUGGAUCACCAGAAUGAACCUAUCUUCGACUGGAUUGAGGCUGAGGAAAGUGAAAAUGAAAGUAAAGACCUAGAUGAAGAUGAGGAUUCAGUUAUUGAAGAUUCAUAUACUGUUGAUUAUGAAGAAGAUGAUGCUACCUAUAUAUUUCCAACAAACAAAAUUGCACAUGACAGAUUUUUAAACAUCCUCUGUGAACCUACAGAGAGUAAAGAUCAAGAUGAUGAAUACGUGCCACCCUAG